AUGGCUGCGCCGGCGGAUGCGCCUCUGCGGCUGCCACAUCUCCCGGCGGACAUCUUCAUGGAGAUCUUGUCCCGCGUGGGCGACGCCGUCGCCGUCGUCCGCUGUGCGGCCACCUGCAAAGCAUGGCGCCGCCUCAUCCUAGAGCCGUCCUUCCCCUCACCCCUCCUCGGAUUCUUUUUCCGGGACACUUCUCCAAAGCGACCCCAUCGCCGCCGGUACCUCGGCCGUCCCACGCGAUUCCUCCUCAUCGGCCGCCCUCAUUCCGUCUUCCACUUGUCCCACUUCUUGCCGAACGCGGCCAGCCUCAGCGGAUUCGACGCUGUCGCGUCAGGCGGACAUGGGCUUAUUGCGCUCCGCCGUGUCAAGGGCUACUCUUGCGACUCCAUCAGGAUCUGUGUCUGCAAUCCCAUGGCCGGGACCUCCACCUUUCUCCCCCCACUCCCUGUCCCUGACAUAUCGUUCCUCGAGAGCCUAGCAUUUCUGGACGCAGAUGGCUCCUCGUUCCGCUUGCUUGCAUCGACGAAAAGAUAUCCAGACGCACACGCACCAGACGAGAUGCUCCUGCGCGUCUUCUCCUCCCAAACAGGACAGUGGGGCAUGGCGGUGACAGCCCAACUGCCUGACAACAUGGCGGUCUACCUCCGCUUCCCUGCCGUCGUCCACCAUGGCGACAUCCACUGGAUAUGUUACAACCAUCGGUUCGCGGUGGACGCAGUACUGGCCGUGCGCCUCGGCCAGACCGAGGCGUCGGCGCGCCGAAUUGACCUUCCGCUGCACGCGGGCAUAAACCGCCGCAACGAAGGGGCACUUCGCCUGUUCAGUUCAGCUUUGGGGUGUCUCUCUUUGGUUUAUGUGGAUAAUAAACCUGUCAUCUCCAUCUGGAAUUUUCAAGACGACGGCACGUGGGCGCUUCACAAGACGGCAGUCACUACGGGAAAAUCAGGCACUGCCGUGCAGCCAAACUUUGCCGUGAGCUGCUGCACGGCAAAGAUUUCUUUGCCGUGCGUAGCAGGAAGAGCGCACGGCAACGAAAAAAUGCACGGCAAAGUAUUAGCGCAGCGCACGGCAAAGAAACAUAUCACGGCAAAGAAAGAUAUGGCGCACGGCAAAGAAGUGUCUCACGGCAAAGAAUUGGAGAAGCGCACGGCAAAGAUUUUGGGACGGCAAAGUUUGGCUGUAGUGAGUGGCCUUUUCAUGGUGAACCUCGAGACAGGGAUGACGUCCAAAGUAUGCGAUGCCUUUUGCGACAAGUACGAGUGCCCAUACAUGCCGGAUUUGAGGUCUUGCCUGGGAGCCAUGAAAAGUUUCUGA